AUGAUAAGCCCUUACUGCCUGCUCCUCCUGCCGCUGGGCGCCUGCUUUCCUCUGCUGGGCACAGAAGAGGCCGCCGCGGGUGGCGUCAGAGGCGAAAUGGGCUGGGCCCACCUGCCCGGGGGACACCGAGUCUCCCUCCCACGGGGCUCCCCCCGGCGGCCGAGAGCUCCGCACCCACUGGGCCCGCUUGUCACGGCCAAGGAGCUGCAGACGUCCGGCAGGCAGCGUGCUGGCUUCAGGGUCCGGUUUGGGAGGCGGGAUGACGGCAGCGAGGCGACCGGCUUCCUCCUGGCGGAUGGCGACAAGGCUAGCGGCCCGCUGGGGACCCUGGCUGAGGAGCUCAGCGGUUACAGCAGGAAGAAAGGCGGCUUCAGCUUCCGCUUUGGCCGGCGGUGAAGGGGCCAGGGCAUCCUGGAAGGGGCUUCUCCGUGGACCCUCCCCGCUGCUGCUUCCAACCCCCCUGCCCUGUCUUCUCCUCGAGCCCGAAAGACCAGAAUACUAAGAAGGCAUGAGGAAUAUUCUAAUGAGUUCUUAGCAGUAGGAUGGCUUAGGUGGGUGCUUCCUUUUGAUUUCCAACUUGGCUGAGGCCAAAACCUGGA